AUUCACGAUGUCCGACCAGCAGCCCGAGGGCCACAAAACCACGUGGGAUUCAGCAACGGCCGACGAAGCUGUAGAAAAGAAAGACUACCAAUCUGCCAUCAGCGACUACACCAGGAUCAUUUCAUCCGGACACGUUGAUGCCCAACUGCUUCUGAAGCGAUCCCGAUGCUACUUCCAUCUGGAGGAUUACGAGAAGGCGUACAGCGAUGCUGCCGCGGCGCACGACCUCGACACAUCCGACGUGGACAUUUGCGUGGCCGGUGGCAGGGCCGCCUCAAAACUGGGCCGCUUCCACGACUCGUUCCGGUUCUACCAGAGCGGGCUGAAGCUGGACAAGCACAGCACGGAGAUCAGCGGAGACCUCAAACAGCUGCAGGCGCUCAUCCUGAAGGAGCAGGCCACGCAUUACGAGGACGCCAAGGAGCCGACGUACAGCGCGGUCAAGUUCUGCUGCCAGGACGUCUACCCCGGGGACGGGGAGCUCUUCAAACUGGAGAAGGAGAUCCUCGCCAAGAAGUAUGGCAUAUCCGACCCUGCUCCUGUAUCCAAGGGCAACGCGUCGCGAGGCGAGGAGGCGGGAAAACACUUCGAGCUGGCGCUGCGCUACAAGGCGGGUGGAAACACGGACGCCUGUUUGGAGCAGUGUAACAGAGCGAUUCUGCUGGACCCGGCCAUGUUUGUGUUCAAACAGCUGAGAGGCAGUGUCUACGUGGAGAAGGGAGAUCACCAAAAGGCUCUUGCAGACCUUUGCGCCAUUCCAAAACAAGCGAGGACAAAGGAUGUUUGGAAAUAUGGAGGACAAAUAUUUGAAAAACUGAAGCUCCCGGUGAUGGCCGAGUUCUGGUUCCGGAAAGCUACGAAACUAAGCGAACCAGGCGACGACGAAGCAGCCUUCGCGUUUCAGCGCAUUCGCGUCCACCGACUGUACGACCCACUGACGGCCGAGUUCCCGGUCGAGGUGGACUUCCGGCAGUUCGGCAGGGCCAUAUUCGCCACCGAAGACAUCCACAAGUCUGAACCGUGCUUCUCCGACAACGCCGCCGUCGUGUCGGAAACAUUCGUGAAGCGCGAGGUCACGGUCAAAGGGUGUCACCACUGUGUUAUGUCGAUGCUGACCGCAGAGCAGUAUUUCGGCAAGGACUUGGAAGAGAUGGAGGAAGGGUUGAAAACCUUUGUCAACGAUCACUGGCCGCGUGUCGAUCCCGUUACCUGCAAGAGAUGCCACCGCGAGAUUUACUGCAGCGACGCCUGUCGGGACGAAGCGUGGGAAAUGUACCACCAGGUUAUCUGCCCCUCGCUAAGCCCCGAGAGAAGCAAGCUGUACGACAUCGCAGAUAAACAGGGCUAUGUCCAAGACAGCGAUGGUGAUUGGUCAGAGCCGUGGGACGGACACUACAGCCCCCUGGUGUUGGUACAGAUCUGGGCGGCCAUCGUGGUACAGGUCAAGAAACUCAUGAAAGAGAAACAGUUAUCUUCUCCAACCACUGAAAUUUGGGCCAUAGCCAAGGCACCAUUUAGAAGGUUCAUCGCCUAUGGGAGCCUAGACGCCGCCAAGAGAAUGUCGUCCAUGGUGGACUUGUUCAAGAAGAUCUUUGCCGACUGCGGAGACGGCGUCAGUUACGACAUCACCGACGCUGAAUUCAACGGCAGAUACUACCAAGCGACGUGCAACCUGCAGUCGUUCGGGUCCUACGUCACCCCUUACCACCAGUUUUUCCACAGGCUUCCGGAAACAGAAGACAUCAGAGCGUUCAGACUGUUAAAAUACGUCAGUAAGCGUUGUCCGGACGCUCCAUUUGCAGGGUUAUUCCCCUUGCAGUGCUGCUUGAAUCACUCCUGCGAUAACAACGUGGAGGUCAGUGACGGCAGAGGGCCCAACGGUCGUCCCGGAGUCCGGGUCACCGCCAAGCGGGACAUCAAGAAAGGGGAAGAACUCUUCACGACAUACAUAGACACGACGAUGCCCAGGCGCUUGAGACGUGCCUGGUUGUACAAAUCGUUUAACUUCUGGUGUCAGUGCCAGCGUUGUCAGUUUGAGGGCGACGAUUCGUCGUCGUGCACAAACUGCGGCGCCAAGGCAGACGAAGGUAGAAGAUUCCCGGGCUGUGGGAAGUGCCACAAGGCGUGGUACUGUUCCGUGGCUUGUCAAAAGAAAGCAUGGAAGCUGGGUCACAAAGCCAUUUGUACCCAGCCUCAUUCAGAGAUCUUGAAGGAAGUGGGUGUGAAUUAAGGGGUGUGGAAGACUGUUUAUAAAACGUGUUUUAGAUGCAUACUUUGUCUUCUCUAACGCCUGGCACGAACUUUAAAUCCAGGAGAGCGAGCGCUCGCAAACAAUUUGACUGAUUUCCAUUUUUUCCUAUCCCAUCGCAUUCAGUUAAUUUUGGGCCUCCUGAACUCGCCUCGGACAUUUCAGAAUUGAUUGCAGACGACCAACGCUCUAUGGCCGGUAUAUAAAAGGGCCUGUAUCUCGAGUGUCCUCUAGCCCUGCUCUGUUUAUAUAUAAAUAUUCGAUUAUGGCUCAAGUCCGUCAAGUGUUACAAAUAGUCAACUUCGAAAUCUGAGACGACUAAAGGGCUUUAAGUAAAAUAAAUGCCUAAAAUACACACAAUUUCUUGAA